AAAGAAAGGCAUAUGGCGUUCGUUUCUAUUUUUGCUAAUUCAAAGAAGUUUAUGUGCGUUGUGAGUAAUUGAAAAGUUUGAAAGUAAAUUUACUUUACUAAUCAGCGAAUAUACAAGCAUUAUUUAUUAUUGAAAUUAUUAAAGCGAAAUUUCCGUGUUUGUGUCCGUAUGUUAAGUUUUUGUUGACGAAAUAACGAACUGUGAUAUUAAGCUUAGUUGUAUAUUAUAUAGGUUUUCCUUUAUACAAUUUCGAGUUUCGAUUAUUUAUUGUACAACGUAGAUUAGGUGUACAGCUGACUCUGAACAUUUAAAAGUGUAACCAAAGAAAAAAUUGUGCUAUGUCUGUGUCACAGGCGUCAGAAACAGAGAAAAUGCAGAUGAAGAUUUCGAGUGACAAGCAGUCUAAAAAUGGAGAUGAGCAAGUGGAAGGAAUGAGUGUGUCUGACGCACCGACUGAAGAAUUUACCGACCCUGCCAUUUUGGUUAUACGAGAAACGGUGAAGAUAAGUUAUUCGAAGGAAGAACUUCUGAAAUUACGUGAAGCUCCGCUGUCAAAGAAAAAACCGGACUUCUUCGAUACUUCCGAAGUUACCGCCUCAAUUUGGGACCCCGAACGAUGGGGAUUCGAGCGUAAAAAAUCCGACACUCCCAUCGAAAAUGGGCCGCGUUCUAGCGGCGAUGGACCUUCAGAACAUAGGCGAAGACCUGGAGAUCCUAGAGAACGAAUCAGAAAAGAAAGUGACGGUAUCGUCUUGUCACCUCAGCGUCGAAGUUUCAACUCUGGAUGCUUCGUACCAGUCCGUGGAGAUACUACACGUAACAACCGAUCUCAUAGCCCUCUGGGACCGAAGAAUGAUGGUCCUCAUAUGGGUGGUAUAAGAGAGAUUCAGACCAGUACCAGACGGAUCGGUAGUGGUAGGAUUCUUCGUGAUUUCUGCGAUUUUAAUGAUAAACUCGAUUCGGGAGACAACGAGUACAGUUACAGAAGUCAACAACGCAACAAUAACAACGAUCGUGAUGACAAAUUUGGGGAUAAGUACGAAAGGAGAAGCUUCGGUAGGGACUUUGAAAUGACAAGGGACAGAGAGAACAACAAUAAGGAGACGAGAAGAAUGAAUAAAGGGUUUGACCGUAGGAGGAUUUCUGAAAAUAGGGAGCAGGAGGAACCGGAAUGGUUUUCUGGCGGUCCACUAUCUCAAAACGACACGAUAGAACUGCGAGGUUUCGACGAUGACAAGCCUAUCAGAAAAAAAUUGAGCCCCUCGAAUUUAAAACGCAUAAAAGAACCUAAGAAGAAGGUCGAACCUGCUCCACCGCAGCUUAAAAAUGAUGAUAAAAAAGAACCCGAAGUUACAUUAUCCGAACCCAAAGGAGGAUCUGUCCCGCAGGUCGGGAAUCAAAAGGAGACAAAUGAAAAACAUUCCGAAAGUGUACGGAAUGAGGAGAAGGACAAUAAAGUUGACAUUGAUAAGACUGAUGAAGAAAGCAGAGUCAACGCGUUGGUCAAUGAUCAUUCCUUUAAUUUUGACGAUAUCCUCAAGUGUGACACUAUUCCUGGAUUGCUGACAAACGGAGUUGGCGCUGAUGGAGAUAAUUCAAAGUCCCGUUUCAGUAGGUGGUUUAAACAAGAAAGUCCAGAAAAACCUGAAAGCCGUCGCUCAUCUCUACACGAUGACCAUCUAAUUAAUAAUUUAUUAAAAGAUCUGGAACCAAACGUAACUAUUCCUGGAGAUUCUGAGGCUUACUUUGCUCCCAUUUCACCCGCUGCCAAUACAGGGGGAAUCGUAGGCGGAAAAAGGGAGUUCCAACAACAGUCUCAGGCCAUGAAUAUCAUGGACAUGUUGCAAAGAGGGAAGCAGCAACCUGACCCCAUGAAACAACCAGUAACAGCAGGAAAAAUUCUUAAUUUGGAAGAGUUAGAGGCAAAAAUUCGCCAAGACACUUCAACGGGUAUUCCCACAAAACAUCAGCAACAGAAACCAGACGAAGACAUGGCAGCAGCUUUUAAAAAAUUGUUGGAACAAGCACAAGCUGGAGGACAUCCUACGUCCAUGAAUACUUCAAUGAACAAGACCCAACCUAUGAGCUUAUUGGAGAUGUUAGAUCGUUCUCAACAACAAGAUGAAGCCGCAAGAAUGUCUGGAAGCAACCCGCAUCUUCUUGCUCCUUCUAAUUCAAACAGGGGCGGUAUGCAACAUCAUCAACAUAUGACAAAUGAUCUCAGUAUGAAAUUACAGCAAGCCCAAUUUCAACAGAACCAAAUGGAUAUAUUGAACAAGUUGAUUAAUGCAACUACUUCUGUACAUCCUCAGCAACUAAGAGCUUCUCCUUUGCACGAUUUGGUCGUACAGCAGAGCAGAGACUUACUUAACAGACCAGAGGCUCAGGCUAUCCUUCAAGGUCUGAAACGGGGUGAAAUCACCACCCAACAUCUCUACCAACAGCUGGCUAACCCAGCACUACAACCUCGUCAUAGGGAAAUGUUGAUAAAUGUAUUAAAGUACCAUGGGGGCGGCGGUUUUGGUCCUAGUCCCAGGGUGCUUAGCCCAGUACCGCCACAUCACAUGUUUCAGCAGCAGCAACAACAACAGCAACAGCAAUUGCGAGUAUCGCCCCUUCCCCCAAACGCUAUGCAUCAAAGAAUUCCAUCCCCUAGAGAACUGCAAGUCCACACCCAGAACAUUCUGCAGAGAGCGUUGAUAAAGAAGAAGCUUGAAGAACAGCAAGAGAACUAUCGAAAGAAGCAAGAAUUGCAAAGGGGACAGAGUCCAAGUAAUGGCUUAAAUCAAGCUCCGACAAAAAAUGUUACCUCUCCUACUCCACUGGCUUUUACACCUACUUCUGUAUUAAGAAAAAUGACUGCUGAAAAAGAUGAAGGUAAAGAAAACAAGGUGAAUAUUGAAGGGAAAAUACCUCCAGGGCGACCAUUAACUGGGAUGAGACCUCAACCGCCACAGCCGCAAGUUCAGCAGUGGAAUACCAGUGCACAAUACACAAAACAUCAAGGCCGUCCCAUUGUAAAGGCUAACAGCAAUUUCCAACUACCCUUAAGCGAGCAGUUCUUUGGACAACAUGGACAACAGAAUCCCCAACAACACCAAGUCUUACAACAAAGGGCACAGCAGCAGUUAGCGUUCCAGCAACAGCAGCAGCAACAACAACAGAGAAAAGUAUUAAACCCGCAAGUGAUGGGUGGUCCCCAGUUUACAUCCAAUCAAGGUGUUCCUCAGUCACAGUACAAUACCCAACAAUACUCUUCUAACCAACAGUUUACUCAACAGCAAUUGCGAGCUCAGCACCAACACAGACCGGCAAAUCAGCAGCAGCAGCAAAAUGUACCACAAAUGUCAUUCCAGCAGCAACAGCAACAACCAAAUAAUCAUCAACAUAUGGGUGGGGGCAAUUGGCAGCAGUUCUUUAGUAACCAACACCCAGCUAAUAGGUCCUCCAAGGCAGGCCUAGAAUCAGAUGGAGGACGUCCAACAUCUAGCGCUACCACUUCCACUACAUCGACAGUAAACCAGUUGGCCCGUUGGUUCUCUCCCGACCUAUUGGAACGUGCCAGAGGAGGUGAACUACCAAGUACCAGCAGCCUGUCGCAAAAUCUUCUUAGCCUUGAAGAGAUUGAACGCCAAACGGCGCCCCCCGUCCAUAAUUAAAGUGUUUAUAAACAUUAUGUCGCUCGUGUUUUGAUGUCUGGGAGAGGGGCGCUUGGGAGGGAACUGAACGGUUAAAACUGAUCAACGACUUUACUGUUAAUUUUAGUCAAAACAUGUUAAUGUCGCAAACAUAUUUAAUCACUUUAGAAAUUUGUCAAUUUGUCCUAAAAGGUGGGACAAAAAAUCGUUCUAAAAUCCUUACCCGCAAAGUUAUACUUAAAUUGUAACAUUUUGUAAAUACGACAAAAAAAGUUACAUAUAAAAUGUGAUAGUGUUAUGAAAUCAUUGAAUUUAUUUUAACGUUUUUUCAGUUGUUCAUUUCAAAAUAUACAAACAAUAGACAAAGCAACAAGAUGAAAAAUAAAUCACAGAUUAAAAAAGAAAUGCUACACAACGGGCAGUAAAGAAUAAAUUAAAAGAUUAAAUGUAUGCUGUAGUUUGUUUCAAAAGUAUGUUCCUUAAAAAGUUAUAAAUUCUUAAUAAAAUUCUAAUUAUUAUUCAUACAGAAAUAUUAAAAAAUUGUAUUAUUACAUUGAGAUUAAAACAGCAUAGUCGCAUCAUAUAGUUCAAUGUUAUUAAAGAUACUGUAAUAAAAAUAAAUCUACUUUGUGCUAUAUAUGUUGAGGUUAGGUAAAAAAUUGAGUAUUAGGCAACUGUUUUACGAGACUUGGUAAAUAAGCAAUUAUGUCCGAGCGCAAUUUUUAUAGAAAUUGAGAUGGAAAAUCGCCAAGGUCUAAAAUACCAAAUUGGCUGGAAAGUCUCUCAUAUGUGGAACGUGAUAUUUUAUGUGACAUUUGACUUGACGUACGUCAAUUUGACAUUCUACGUCAAAUUCCACAUAAAUGGUUUUGUGUCAAAUGUCACAUAUUCCGUUAAAUAUCACAUAAAAUGUCACGUUCCACAUAUGAGCGACUUUGCAACCAGUUUGGUAUUUUUUAUUAUUAUUACUUUCCGUGCCAGGACCAUUUCUUCAAAUCUUAUACUACCAAUAUUUCGACCCUGAAAUUAUUUUGUCAUUAACUGACAUUAAGUUAAGGAGAAUGUAUUCCUGUGUACAAACCAAUAAUUGCUCAAGGUUUUGUAUUUCGCCAUACUCACAUCUGUACACUGAAUACCGCCUAUCUUUAAGUCUAACUUGAAUCACGACGUGCCGGUUCUGAGUCUCCUAACUUAUAUGGUAUUUGUUAAGUCCAGAUGGUGUAGGGUAAUUGAUAACCUGAAUUGAAUGUAAGGCUUUAGCAUGCAACAUUUUUCUCCAAAGUUGAAUACUGCUUGAAUGCUGCGUUCAGCAGUGGUUUUAAUUGUAACCGUGGAACUCAUUUAAAUUCAUUUCAUUCAUUCAUUCAUUCACUCAUUCAACAAAAAGAGAUUUAUAUUUUUGUAGAUGCCUUGGUAGACAAAACAUUUCUCAAUUUCAGAAAUCACUUUCUUUCCGAUGUUUGUAGAAAAUUAUGCAUGAUAAAUGUGAUGAGUGUGAGUGUAAUGUAGCCAAAACUAAGUUGAUUGGUCUGAAGCCAGGGCUGAGGUUCUUAGCACAGUUGGCUAAGCUCUCACAAGUUAUUCCAGUUAUCUUACCAAGUAUGUCAUUGCUUGAGGAAAUUUUUGCUUUUGUGUUUUAGCAAAAGGUUUUAAAUAUAAGAGAUUGGUCCCAAUUUACUCCCAACUGUUUGACUUCCUCCUAGCAUGCAUUAGCAUAAAUCAAAUGUCUGUUUGCAGGGUGGUAUAAAAAGUCGGUAGUGUAAAUAUUUCUCCAAGCACAUCAAUCAGAAGUCGUCAGUAAUAUUGUAGACUUCAAAUAGCAGUCAAAUCAAUCUAGGCCUCGCCAGUUAUUUUCAUCUCCUUAAAGUCAUUCUCAAUAUGCUGCACAAUGCUCAUGAUUUGCCUGCAGCAAGACUUUCCAGCUGUAAAAGUUUCCCUCCCAAAGUUCUUUCAUAUGUUCAGUCCUACUUCAUCCAAUCUAAUUAAAAUAUUGCUGCUAUUUCUUUGUUCUGCUAAGAACAGUUUUUCGAUAAAAACAUUUAAUGUCGAAAAUUUUUAGAAAGGAUGUCAAAAUUUAAUAGUAAUCAAGUCAACAAAGUUACUUGGUUAACUAUUAGUACCCAAAAAUAUUUGUAUUAACUUGAACAAUAGUACCAUAGUAGACAAGUUGUUAAUUGAAAAAACUUAUUAUAAACUGUCAUUAAAAAAUUAUAGUAUAUAUUGGCAUAAAACUUCGCAAUUUGUUUUGUGUUAACGUUUUUGUGAUUUGUGAUUUUCAUUCUUGUUGCUUGGCCUACACAUCUUCAAAUUACAAAGACCGGGUUUCUGUAACUUUUGAAACUCUUAUUUUUACCACGGUUAAAACUGGUUUAUUCCAUUGUUUUUGAAAAAUUCUUUGUUGAGAUUGUAGAUUUAUCAACUGUAAACAAAUAGGAGAAAGAUUAGGAAAAAAGACUAAAUUAUGUUUAUUUAAAAAUUCUUUGUAAAAGGUAUAUAAUUAAAAAACCCUUCUGGGGCUACGUUACAACAUUUUCUGACUGAAAAGUCCAUUAGGGAAUUACCAGUUGUACAUGAGUCAAGCCACUAAAUAUUGCCACUUUCACAUCACACCAAAAGAUGGUGUGAUGGUUUUUAACAGAUACCCUGCAUUGCAACAUAAGACUCCCAAUAGAGGUGGCUGCUGACCCUCAUACAAUGUCUGAAUGGGUUCUAGAUGACAACUCUUGUUCAGAACCCAUUCAGACGUUGUCUGAGGAUCAGCAGCAACCCUUAUUGGAAGUCUUGCGUUACCACGCAAGGUAUCUGUUAAAAACUUUAACAUCACACCAACUUUUCAACAAAAAUGGAGCACAUAAUAAAUUUUGUACUUUUUUAAGGGUUUUUACCCAAAUAUUUAGUCACUUGACGCAUGUUACCAGGUUAUACACUGAUGACGGACUUUUUAGUCUGAAAACAUUCUGUGAUGUAGCCUAAAGGGUCUUUUUAAUUAUAAACCUUUUAUAAAGAAUUUUUAAAUAAAACUUUUUUUGAUUCAUAGUAUACAGUCGACUACACGAAUUUAUUUUUCCUUGUUGGAUUUUAAAUUAUGUUUGUUCAUGUGGCAAAUUCCGGAUUAAUAACUAAUGAGUCGAAAAAAUUUAGUACUUGUACCCGAACUAUAAAUAAUAUAAUAUAAACCAGACUCUUUAAGGUUCUGUACGUUUCAGAACUAUUACUACCCGAUUCGAAUGGCUCCACUGUGAACUUGCCCAUUCUUAAUUGGAUUAUAGUUAUUAGAUGUACUUUACUGUGACAAUCUUGAAUGCACCUCAGACGUGUAAAAUGUUAUAAUAAAAUUAAAUAAAAAGUGUUUUUAUCUUAACCCUUAACGACGCCAGUCAUUGCUCUAAAGGGGUGUAACGAUCGUUGUUAUGCACCACAAUAUCUUAAUUUAUUAGCAAAGUCAACUGAGUAUUAUUAAAAAAUAAGCAAUCACUUGUUAGAAAAAAUGUAAGUAGAUACCUUUAUAAUUUUUCUUCUAGAAAUCAAAUUUUUUAUGUGACAAUGAUUAGAACUGGCAUUGGCAUCACGUUUGAAAUGCUAGGUGAUCUAUACGGAAAAUUAUGUGUAGAGCUAGAUUCACAUUAUACAUGACAGUGGCCGCAAAGGGUUAAUUAUUUUAACCAGAAUAUAUUCUGCCUUUAUUUACUAUUAUACCCUCCUUCGAAAAAAGUUUUAAAUAUUUUUAAAAGUGGUAAAAUUGCGUUACAAAAGUUACAGUAUCCUAAGACUAACUAAAAUGGUUGUUGCAUUACUUAGUGCGUGUGAUCAAUUAAUUCGUCGACUGAGAAUUAGGGUUAUGGGGUCAUAAGAAUUGAGUUUUGUUUUUUAGAAAGUGAAUUUUAAUUUUUUGGUUUGGUGUGUUGGAAACUUUUGUUUAAUUUUGGUGUUUUACUAGAGUAAUGGCAACCAGUUCAGCGAUAUACAAUUUGUAAACAUUACGGUAACGUUAAAAAAAUGUAAAUUUCUGGAACUGACUUGUGUUCUUAAAACAUGAAAGUUUUCUUCGUGGUUAAAACGGCGUGUGAGAAUUUCUAAGUGAAAAUAAUCGUCAAUUUUUGUCUCCUCGCAAAUAAUUUUAAUCACGAAGAAAAUCUUCCUACAAAAACAUUCCUGAUGUAGUCGAGUACGUACUGAGUCCACUAAAUGCUCAGAUUUAUUUUCGAAAUUGGAGGAAAAUCACAUCAGAAACGACUUUAAAAUACCUAGAGAUAGAAAUAAUAUUUGGAUAAUAUAUAUGUGCAAAAUAUCUUACUUAUUUUAUAUUUAUAUGUUUUUAAAAUUAUAUUAGAACAGAAAUUUUAGCGGAAUAGGUUUCGACAUGUAAUAAACCCACGCUAGAGAUAAAUAUGUGUUAAUUAUGAAUCAAAUACAGAAAAUAUUGACAUAGCAUGCCCCACUGCAAAUAAAUAUAAUAUUACUUAUGUAGUACUCUCCCCAAAAGUGUGUAUAAGUCUUAAAUGGUGCUACAUUAAUCGGUUAUGCCAGGAUAAUACUGAUAUAGAACUCCAACACUUUAUCAUUGUUACACAUCUAUACCAUCACCCAUUGCCAAUAAGCUACGGCUGCAUACUACGGUUUAAAAAUGUGACUUACAUAUUAAGUAAUGUAAAAUAACUGUGUACACACUACAAGAAAGAAGAGUAUCAAAGCGAGUAUUUUAAAAUUUUAUGAGUCACCAGGACCCCUUACUACGCCUAUGACUAGUAUCAUUUAUAAUCAUAACAUAACCUAUAAAAAUUUGGACAUAAAUAACGUAAAAAAAGUAGACAUAUAAAAUGUAAAUCUACUUAUUGUAUUAUUUUCGUUGAAUGACUUUCUCAAGCUGAAAAACGAACUAUAUUGUUUUUGAUAGUCUUAAAAAAUAAUCGAACUUUUCUAAAAAUAUUAACUGAAUGCUACACAUCUAAACGAAUCUAAACUUAAGUAAUAUUACUUUGAAAGUUGUUAAAUAUUCAAAAACUGAAAGAAAAUUGCAUCACCAAUUUUUGAAAAAUAUAGUUAUUGAUACACAAGUUACACAACAAAUGACAUUAAUUAUGAAGAUAGACGACCAAUAUGAUUUCCGUCUCUCAAUCACGUUACUCUAUACAUACAUUCAUCUACCUCUUUCCACUGUUUUAUAUUGCAAGUUUUUCGGCAUAAUUACUUAAAAAAUCAAUAUUAUAUACCAAAAUAACAAUAAUGCAGCACCUGCAUUGUGAUACAUCUAUGGCAAAAUCGAAAAUUAAACGGUUUCUGCUCUUAAAACAUUUGGAAUGGCGUUUUAUUGAGAAGAUAUUUGAACAAUUAUUAUGUUACCAGGAUUUAAGAGGCUUGUCUUUUAUAUUUUGCAGAUAGAUCUGAAAUAAAACACUAGGUACCUUUUAAACUUUUGUAAAUCUUGAAUAGUUUUUUGAAGUAUUCUCCACAGUUGCAGUUUUACGUUCACUCAAAUCAACUUUGGAAAGAGUUAUUCCACUUCUUUGGUAGUCAAAAUCGAGAAGGCAUCGACUCCCAUUUCUAACUUUUAGAACCAUGAUCACGAAGUCCGUCCUUGAUUUUCCUUGAGUUCAGGACUUUGGUGAUGAUGAAAAUAAAAGACUAAUCAGACACUUAGGUCAUGUACCUAGAUAGUGAUUACUGGCGUUGGCCAAGAUAAACGAAACAGUAAUGUUGGCUGAGUCAGCUAAAUCCAAACGAACCAUAUUUUGCGGAACUUCUGUGGAGCAACUUUUUAUGCUCGCUGUAUUGGAAAAUAAAUAUGUUGAAUAUACUAUUUUAGUAAUAAUUUGCAAUGAAAUUGAAGAAAAAAAAGAUACAGAAAUUAAAAAAUAUACUCACAUCAUUUAAUACGUUAUGGUUUCACAAAAUAAUAGUGUUAGUUUAAACCAUUUUUAAUAUUUUGUAUAUAUAUUAUCUGAGAAACUUUAAACGAUCUAUGCUUCUUUAAAUGAAUUUAAACGUAACAAAAAAUCUAGUCUUAAUAAUAAAUGUAUUAAAAAAUUCAAAUCAACAGUGGUAAUAUGGUCAUUUUUGCAAUACAUUUUGUGGUAAUAAUAAUUUGUGAAAAAAUUGUAAUUAUGUAUAGAAAUGAUUAUAUCACAAAUAAAAAGUUGAAAGAAUGACCGUAGGCUGGAAUUUAGGCUGUGGUUUUAGAUCUUGUUAGGAAUAUUUUGAAUUUCUUAGGUUACUUAUAUCCUUGAUCAAAUAUUGUUUCUUUCAGAGAAUUAAUUUAAAUAACGGUGUAAGCUGAUUCCAGAAGCAAAUAAUUUAGACUGUUCGUAUUACGAGAUAACUUGAAGUUGUUUCUCUUGUGAUUUAUGAGAAAAUUCGCCACGUGUACGUAAAUUUUAUGUUUUGGAUAUUUUGUAAUUAUUUGUGAUAUUUUUCACCUGCAGGUUCUUUAUUUUUACUAUUUAUUUCUACCAUUAUAGUGUUAACUUGGAAGAAAGAACCCUUUCAUGUUAGUUGGUGUCAAAAUUUAUUUCACUAAUAAGAAAAGUCUUAUAUAAAAAUUCCGUUAUCAAAUUCAAGAAUAGAUAGCUUAAAUUGGCGUCCUUUCUAAACUUAAUUUAUUUGAAUAUUUUUCCUAUAGAAACACUUAACUCGAUAAAAAAAAAUAAAAAUAUUUUGACAAAGAUUUUCACUUGGAAAGUCGAAACUUCAGUUAAACAUUGGUCGUUAAAAUUUUAAAAAGAAGAAAAUAAAAUAAUUUUAUUUUCAAGCUUUUACAAAAUAUCCAAUACAGUUAAAAGGUUAUACUGAAGUUAUGUUAGUCGGUGGAUUUCUCCAUUUGGGCCGGAAUUAAUAUCAAUUGCCAAAUAAUUUGUUAAAUCUAGAUUUUCUCUCUGUAAAAAUCGUAUGAGAUGAUUUUGUAAAUACAAAAAUGUCAUUAAUAUUGACAUACAUUUUUGUUUUGAAAAAUAAUUAAAUGAGC